AUGCAAGAAAGUAAUUUUAAUAAUUACAGAGAGUAGAGAAAUUAGCAUUAUUAAUACUAAUUAAGAUUGAUUGCUAAUUUAUAGGGUAUCAGAAAAUUUACAGUUUACAAAAAAACACUUAAUGGAAAUCAAGAAAAGCAAAUGUGUGAUUUUUUAAAAAAAUCUAUUCAAAAUUGA